CUUGCCGAUGACCGUCGUUCCCACACGUCCCCACACACUACCCCGUGGGAUAAGCAGCUUAAGUGCGGAGUUAUGGCAACCCCCACAUUUCCCUUCCAGCGUCUCUGUUUCCGUUAUCAAAGGCCAUUCGUUCAGCCAAUUUUUUUCCGGUUCAUCGUUUCCAUCGUCAUCAGAAACAACCCGUCUUUCGUUGCCUUGCCCCGCCAAGUAUACACAAAACCACCAUGUCAGACUCGACCAGCACGGAAACUGCCUCCUAUCACACGCAUCCCGGAAACGAUGGCAUCGUCGGUGACACGUACUACCCCGACGGCCACAAGCCCCAAAGCGAGCACCACGAACGCAUUUCCCACGCCGCAGAUGACCAGCCCGCAGCAGCACCACCAACACCACGCAGCAGCCACCGCACGCAGCAACAAGCAGCCGCAGCAGCCAAGCCCCCGAACUCCCACAGCUGGGGCCCCUACGGCGGCAAUCCGCUCGCACAUAUCCCCUCAGACAACGACAACAGCAACUCGGCGCGCCUGCCCGCCUUCGGCGGCGAGUUCCAACCCGGGCUCUGGCGACCACAGCGCACGUUCGCGAACCCCGCGCCACUCGGCCUAUCCGGCUUCGCGCUGACGACGUUCCUACUCUCACUCGUGAACCUCGGGGCGCGGGGCGUCGCGCAGCCGAACCUGAUCGUGGGCCCGGCAUUCGCGUACGGUGGGCUCGUGCAGCUGCUGGCGGGCAUGUGGGAAAUGGCCGUGGGCAACACGUUCGGCGCAACCGCGCUGGCGAGCUAUGGUGGGUUUUGGAUCAGUCUGGGGAUUGUGUUUACGCCGGGCGGGUUUGGCGUUAUUGCUGCUUAUGGGGGGCAGACGGCUGAGUUUGCGAAUGCUUUUGGCCUUUAUCUUAUGGGCUGGUUCAUAUUCACGUUCAUCCUCUGGCUGUGCACGCUGCGCUCCACGCUCGCCUUCUCCUCGCUGCUCCUUACCGUCUGGAUCACCUUCCUGCUGCUCGGUAUCUCGUACCUGGACAACAAAGGGACGGGCGCCGCCAACGUGGCUAUUACGAGGGCGGGCGGCGCGUUUGGUAUCGUCGCGGCGUUUAUCGCGUGGUAUAAUACCCUUGCGGGGCUGACGGACAGCUCGAAUAGCUUCUUUGUCGUUCCUAUUCUGCAUUUUCCGUGGAGCGCAAAGGGGCGCGAGAUGAAGGCCGAGAUGAAGGGAGAGUAGCUUCACUGAUGUGUAACGAACCUGUUCUUUUGAAAUAUCCGGGGAUCGGGCGAAUACUUGAACAAACAUCAGUCGC